UGGAGGAGUGAAGUAGAUUUCUGAAAAGUCUUCUCAAAAUUCCACACUAUCCCUCCCUCCGUCCCUCUUCUCUUCCUCCAUCCAAAAAACCCUUCCUCUCAUUUUCCGUUUCCCUUUCUCCGCUCCACCAACCAUGGCUUCUCAUCUCAACCUUCCAACAACGACAUUCUGCAUCCUCCUCACCGUCAUAAUCUCUCUAUGUUUUGCCACCGAAUCAAACGAAGAACGAACAAGCGAGCUUCUCUCACUCCAAUCAAGAUCCAAUUCAGGCAUAAUCCGUCUCAACGACCAAUCCCUCGCUCGUUACAUAACCUCCGUCAAAACCCCAAGACCUUAUUCCCUUCUCAUCUUCUUCGACGCGUCUCAACUUCACGACAAAACCGAACUCCGUCUCACAGAACUCCACAAAGAAUUCUCCCUGCUCUCUUCUUCAUUCAUCACCAACAACAAAAACCAUUCCUCUAUUUCCAAACUCUUCUUUUGCGACAUCGAAUUCAGAGAAUCGCAACUCAGUUUCUCGCAAUUCGGCGUCAAUGCUCUCCCUCACAUUCGUAUCGUCGGUCCCACACAUGGAUUCAAGGAUUCAGAAUCAAUGGAUCAAAGUGAUUACUCUCGGCUCGCUGAAUCCAUGGCUGAAUUCGUCGAAUCGAAGACGAAACUCUCCGUGGGACCCAUUCAUCGACCUCCGAUUUUAUCCACAAACAAAAUCAUCAUACUCGUGUUAGGGUUCUUGAUCUGGUUCUCUUUUUUCGUUAAGAAGCUUUUGACUGGUCAAACACUGUUGCAUGACCCAAGGGUUUGGUUAGCGGGUUCUGUUUUUGUUUAUUUUUUCAGUGUUUCUGGUGCAAUGCAUAAUAUUAUAAGGAAAAUGCCUAUGUUUCUCGCCGAUCGCAACGAUCCUUCGAAGCUUGUGUUUUUCUAUCAGGGAUCUGGGAUGCAACUUGGUGCUGAGGGUUUUACUGUGGGAUUUUUGUACACACUUGUUGGUUUGCUUUUGGCUUUCACGACUCAUGGUCUUGUUAAGAUCAAAAGUGUAACUGUGCAGAGGGUGGUUAUGAUUUUUGCUCUGUUGGUUUGUUUUUUGGCUGUGAAGCAGGUUGUUUAUUUGAAUAAUUGGAAGACUGGUUAUGGGAUUCAUGGGUAUUGGCCUUCUAGCUGGAACUGAAUUUUGAGGUUUGUUAAACUCUUUCCAUUCCGUAAUCUUAAAUCUUACAGAAAAGGAUGUUUUAUGUUAUGCUAGAACUUUUGCCAGAGAUUAUAUGUAGCUUGGCAUUGCCCUUUUGUGGCAGUGGCACAGAUUUGAGCUGGAAUUUUAGUAUUGAAGAAUUUUUAUAAUAGAGUACAUUUUGUUUGGAUUUGUUAUGGUUA